UGAGAAAAGAAUUGCUUCAUCCAAUUCCCUUGCAAAGAAAAGAAGAGAAAAAUGGCUGGAGCUUUGAUCGGAGAGGCCUUUAUUUCUGCUUCCAUCCAGGUGAUUUGUGACAGAAUUGCUUUACCCGACUUCAUCGACUUAUUUCGGCACAAGAAACUCGAUCAAACUCUCAUCAUGAAACUGAAGAGGACCCUGUUGACCUUGAACGCAGUGCUCGAUGAUGCAGAGGAGAAGCAAAUUGAGAAACCAGCUGUGAGAGAGUGGCUUGACGACCUCAAACAUGCAGUCUUUGAUGCGGAGGACUUGCUGGAUGAGAUCAACUAUGAAGCUUUGCGAUGCAAGCUGGAAGGUGAAUCUCAAACAGCCGACAAAUUUACCAACAAGGUGUGGAACUUCCUCCCUAUUUCUCGUAAUAAGUUUUAUCAAAGCAUGAAUGUUAAGAUACAGGAGUUGUUACGAAAACUAGAAGACUUUGUACAACUGAAAGGUGCUCUUGGUUUGACAGAAGUUGUUGGGAGGAAGGUUUCACAAAGAACUCCAACAACUUCCUUGGUUCAUGAACCUUUUGUAUAUGGUAGAGAUGAAGUCAAAGAAAAUUUAUCAAAAGUGUUGUUCUCUGAUGAUGCUAGCAAGGAGGAUGUGCCCGUCAUUACCAUUGUUGGAAUGGGAGGGGUUGGCAAGACAACCCUUGCUCGAAUGCUUUACAAUGACGAUAAGGUGAUAGAGCAUUUUACAUUUAAAGCUUGGGCUUGUGUUUCAGAAGACUAUGACGCUAUCAGGGUAACUAAAACUCUUCUUGAGUCAGUCACUUCAAAACCUUGUAAUACGACAGAUCUGAAUUUGCUUCAAGUUGAACUAAGAGAACAACUCAAGGGGAAGAAAUUUUUAUUUGUGUUGGAUGACCUUUGGAAUGAGAAAUAUACUGAUUGGAACUGUCUCCAAACUCCUUUUACUUCAGGGGCAAGGGGAAGUAAAGUCAUCGUAACAACACGGAACAAAAAUGUAGCAUCUUUCAUGCAAAAUGUUCCUACUCAACCCUUGGAACCAUUGUCGCAUGAAGAUUGUUGGUCAUUACUUGCAAAACAUGCGUUUGGAAAUGUAAGCUGUAGUGCAUAUCCAAGCUUGGAAGAAAUCGGCAAGAAAAUUGCACAAAAGUGCAAUGGGUUGCCUUUAGCUGCACAAACACUUGGCGGUUUGUUACGUUCCAGGUUAGACGUCGAGGUAUGGAACAGAGUACUAAACAACAGCAUUUGGGAUUUACCUUCAGAGAAAAGUGACAUUCUUCCUGCUCUAGGAUUGAGUUAUCAUUAUCUUCCAGCUAAGUUAAAGCGAUGCUUUAUUUAUUGUUCAAUUUUUCCAAAAGACUAUGAAUUCAAGGUGGAAGACGUUGUUUUUCUUUGGAUGGCGGAAGGUUUAAUUUCGCAAGCAGAGAAUGGGGACAACAUGGAAGAGGUGGCUAAGGAAUAUUUUGAUGAACUGUUAUCUCGAUCAUUGUUUCAAACGUCAAGGAAAUCAAGUUUCGUUAUGCAUGAUCUCAUCAAUGACUUGGCUGUGUUCAUGUCUAAAGGAUUUUGUUCAAGGUUGGAAGGUGGUGGGGAAUCACAUGAAUUAGAAAGAGUUCGCCAUUUGUCAUAUGCUAGGGAAGAUUUUGAUGGUGCUCCAAAAUGUGAGCCAUUUAAGGGGGCUAAGUGUUUGCGUACCUUUCUACCUACCUCUUUAAAUACUUAUCAAGCAUAUUAUCUAAGUAAAAAGGUUGUACAAGAUUUGAUGUCGUCACACAGAUAUUUACGGGUGUUAUCAUUGUCACAUUAUAGGAAUGUCACUCAGCUACCUGAUUCUAUUAAAAAUCUUAUUCACUUGCGCUAUUUGGAUCUCUCUAGAACUGCAAUUGAAAGGUUACCUGGUGUACUUUGCAGUUUGUACAAUUUGCAAACAUUACUAUUGUCAAAUUGUUCCUCUCUCAUUGAAUUACCUGCAGACUUGAGAAAAUUGAUAAAUUUACAGAAAUUAAUGCUGGGAGGUUGUUCGUCUCUUGCUAAAUUGCCUGUAGACCUGUGGGAAUUAAGUAGUUUGCAUCAUCUUGAUGUGAGUGGAACUAAAAUUGCAGAGAUGCCAGCACAAAUGAGUAGACUAAAAAGUUUGAGAACGUUGACUGCUUUUGUUGUGGGGAACUCUACUGGGUCGACCAUUGGGGAAUUGGAGGAGCUUCCACAUCUUCGAGGAAAAAUUUCAAUUCUAAAAUUGCAAAAUGUAGUUGAUGCUAAGGAUGCAGCGCAAGCCAAUUUGAAGAAUAAGAAGGAUCUGAAGGAGUUAGAGUUGGCAUGGGGCGAUGAAGACUCGAAUGAUUCCGAAAAAGUGAGAGAUGUACUUGACAAGCUCCAGCCUUCAAUUAGUUUGGAGAAACUGACCAUCGAAUUUUACGGUGGAACCAACUUCCCUAAUUGGUUAGGAAACUCAUGCUUCUCAAACAUACAAGUCAUGCGUCUCAGCAAUUGUAAAUAUUGUUGGUCGCUGCCACCAGUUGGGGGGCUACCUGCUCUCAAAGAGCUCUAUAUAAAAAGGAUGGAAUUUGUUAAGACAAUUGGUGUUGAGUUCUAUGGCAGAAAUGGAGCGUAUCUAAUUCAGCCAUUUCAAUCACUGGAGAAGCUGGGGUUUAAGGAGAUGGCAGAGUGGGAGGAAUGGGUACCAAGUGGAAGUGGAGGUCCAGACUUUCCUUGUCUCCAGGUGCUUACUCUAGUAAAGUGUCCGAAGUUGAGAGGAAGCUUGCCUUGUGAUCUGCCUUGCUUGAAGAAGCUUAGCGUGAAUGGGUGUGGGGUUUUGCAUGAUCAAAGGGCCACUGCUACUACUAGUAGUAGUACUAGUCUCACCUACAAUUCUCUUGAAGAAUUGAUAAUAGAAGAUGGAUGCCAAACAGGUCUGUUAUCAUUACUAGAGCCAAAGCUCCUAUCCGAACUUGACAUUGGACGUUUGAAUGACAUACAGUGCUUGCCCAACAUCAAUCGUUUUCAAAGUUUGACUCUCUGGAAUUGUCCAACGCUGACGUCGUUCCCUGAAGAUGGCCUACCCACUUCGUUGACAUCACUUACAAUAUUCAAUUGUAGGAGAUUAGAAUUCCUACCUCAAGAGAUGUUGGCCAAAUUAACAUCACUCGACUAUUUGUUGAUACAUAAUAGCUGUGAUUCAAUGAGGUCCUUCCCCUUGGGCAUUUUUCCCAAAUUGACGACACUUGGAAUUGGUAAUUGUGACAAUCUGGAAUCGCUUUGCUUGAUUGAAGAAGGAGCGGUUCUCAGUCAUCUAAAUAGCCUGCGUGUCCAUAAUUGUCCAAACCUGACUCGAUUACCUGAACGCAUUCACACCCUCUUGGCCCUUCGAUAUUUGGAAAUAACGGAUCUUCCAAAUCUGGAAGUCAGGGGAUACAAGAAUUUGAAGUCAUUACCACAACGUAUGCACAUCCUCACUGCCCUUCAACGUUUGAGGAUACUUGGUCUUCCAAAUCUUGUGUCAUUUGCAGAAGGUUUGCCUCCCAACCUCCAAUAUCUUCACAUUCAUAAUUGCCAGAGACUGAGGCCUUCAGUGGGUUUGUCUCCCUUCAAAAAUUUACAAUUGGUGGGCAGUGAAAGUGGCAAUAUCUUGGAGGCGUUGAGGAACAGCAUCUGGGAACUUUCACGUCUGAAUUCUUUGGACGAAAAGGGACUCGGACACCUCACUUCUCUUCAAGUGCUGAAUAUUCUCCAGUGUGACAGUUUGGAAUGCCUGCAAGGAGAGGGACUCGGACACCACACUUCUCUUCAAGUGCUGCAUAUUCUCCAGUGUAGCAGUUUGGAAUGCCUGCAAGGAGAGGGACUUCGACACCUCACUUCUCUUCAACAGAUGCAUAUUUAUGGCUGUCUGAGUCUCCAAUUCCUGCCAGAAGACGGUUUGCCUCCCAACCUCCUAUAUUUUACCAUUGAAAAUUGCAAUAGACUGAGGAAGCGGUAUGAGAAUAAGAUGGGACAAGAUCGGGCCAACAUAUCUCACAUUCCUUGCCUCGACAUAAAUGAUCGAGUCAUCAUAUGUUAUGACUCAUGAGAGACAAACAAAGUAUUGCCUUUCAAUAGUUCACUCUCACUCUCAACCUAUUUAAGUUGAAAAUGCCGAAUAAUUAGUGGUCUUUUUUCAGGACAACAUGCCUUUUCGUCGAGAGCUUUUCAUUUGCAAGGCUUCUUUGUGUGUCGUUUCCAGAGGAGGGAACCAUUGUAUAUAGCCUUUUGUUUUUCUACAAAAACAUUUGACACAUUCCUACAUACAGGCACGAAGUGUACAGCAUUUUUGGUCUAGCUUAACUUGUCCCCUGUUUUGUGAAAUGUAAUGUUUUUUAUUUCCUAAUUACUUGAUCCAAAUUGGUCGA